AGAGCUCAGAGAGUUGAAGUACCAUUCUAAGUAAAAGAAAAGGCAAUCGGUUGAUCAUGUCGUCUGAAUGUGAAGGUAAAGAUUCAUGGCCUGAGCUCGUCGGAGACAAGGGGAAGGAUGCCGCGGCAAUGAUUGAGAGCGAGAAUCAUUUGGUGAAUGCUGUGAUUGUGAAAGAAGGAACAUUUGUCACUGCUGAUUUUCGAUGCGAUAGGGUUCGAGUUUGGGUCAAUAAAGGUAGCAUUGUUACCAAGGUUCCUAUAAUUGGCUAAUCCAUACCUUCGAGGUCAUGUGAAAUAGUGAAAUAAUGAAAUAAGGAGUUGUAUUAAUCUCCAUGCAUUGUGUUUAAUAAUAAAUAAUGUGAUUGUCUUUCUAUGUAUGUUAUAUGUGAAUAUCUAAGAAUGGUUUGAUAAAA